AUGGAGAAUCACCAUUAUGACUUUGCCAUGUGGUUUUGUUUAGGUUUCGCUUGCAUCGACACAAACAUAAUCGAGUUUAGUCUAUUGGGUAGUUUUGUAAAGGGGAGAUGCACAUUGUGGAGAGUAAAUGAUCGUGCUGUGUUUGAGCCGAAUCUGCAUGACUGCAAGCUGGAUCUUCGGCUUCUGCAUCCGAUUUCGGACGCACUUGCGAGUGCGUCUCGGGACUAUGUGUUCGUGGUGAAUCCCAGUGGCGCCAAUGGGCGGACUGGACAGCAAUGGAAGAGAAUGCUCCCGGACUUGAGUUCACGUCUUGGUAGACAGUGUAAUAUUCGCGAGGAGCUUACGACUGGCCCUCUCCAUGCAAUUGAAAUUGCAAGGGAGGCUGUCCGUGAUGGAGCUGCAGCUGUGAUUGCCGUAGGAGGGGACGGCACACUGCACGAGGUGCUCAAUGGGUUCUUUGAAGAUGGGAAGUUGGUCCAAUCUCGUGAACUUCAUCCUGGGCCGCCGACGGCCCUUGGGCUGAUUCCAAUGGGUACUGGCUCCGACCUUGCGCGUCAUUUCCGCUGGAAAUUGAAUGACAAAUACCAAGCUAUUGAUCGUCUUGUCAAAGGUCAGAAGCGGAGGAUUGAUGUGGGUAGAGUGCAAUUACCUGAGGACAGAAUCGAUCGAUAUUUCCUUAAUGUGGCCAGUCUCCAUUUGAGUGCGAAGGCAGGCCAUAUUGCGGCCAUGUACAAAAAGCUAGGCAACUUCUGUUAUGUUCUUGGAGCACUUAAGGCCUUCCGGGCUCACGAGGAUCGGGACCUGAGGAUGAGGAUAAAUGGGGGUCCAUGGACUGUAGUUCCGAAAGUCACAGCUGCGUGUGUUGGGAAUGCCAAGUAUUUUGGUGGAGGAAUGAAGAUCGCACCCACUGCUGACCCCUUCGAUGGGAGUUUGGAGGUGGUAUCGCUGGCGGAUUAUAAGUGGUAUGAUUUCGUUUUGAAGAUGCAUAUGUUGUAUCAAGGCACUCACGUGCAUCUGGACAAGGUCACCACAACUAGUGUUCACACCUUCGAGGUGGAGGAGAUAGAGUACCAAUCCAGACGGGAAGAUGUGUUUGUGCAAGCUGAUGGCGAACACCUAGGUUUCCUUCCUGCAAAAUUUUCGAUCUUACCUGAACAAUUAAACUUCAUUCUCUAACGCAAUUGACUGACCAGAUUCAUCUUUUUCUAAGGGGAAAAAAUUCCCCUUAGGUCUUUGCUCUUCGUGGCUCAUGUUGAUUCUUCUUCGGCCUUAUGGGCUUACAUUGGAUGCGAUAAAAAAUAUAUAAAGACAUUACAAGAGUUCAGUUGUAUAAA